AUGGGCCCCUGUACCGCCUCCUCAUGCUGCUGCCAGGUCCGUAAUCUGCCAUGGGCCCCCGUACCGACUCCUCAUGCUGCUGCCAGGCCCGUACUCUGUCAUGGGCCCCUGUACCGCCUCCUCAUGCUGCUGCCAGGUCCAGAGUGUGUCAUGGGUCCCUGUACGGACUCCCAUUGCUGCUGUCCAUGCCCGUAAUCUGCCAUGGGCCCCCGUACCGACUCCUCAUGCUGCUGCCAGGCCCUAAUCUGUCAUGGGCCCCCCCGUACCGACUCCUCAUGCUGCUGCCAGGCCCGUAAUCUGUCAUGGGCCCCCUUGUACCGCCUCCUCAUGCUGCUGCCAGGUCCAGAGUGUGUCAUGGGUCCCUGUACGGCCUCCCAUUGCUGCUGUCUCCAUCGCCACACUCUGCCAUGUGCCACUUUCAGGUCUCCUCCACACUGCUGGUGGGUUCCAUUUUUUGUCAUAGGGUGCUGUAGGAUU